AUGUCUGGCGCAAGACCUGCAGAUGGAGAUGCGACCACCACCACCACCACCAUGACAACCACUACGGAUGAGCCGGAAGGCCCCGGCCGACUCCCGAGUCGUUCCUGGCCUCCCGAUGCGAUUGUCGGUCCGCAUCCUCCGGAAUCCUUCCUUCGGUUUCGUCUCUCAGACCUCGGCCUGUUAGAUGGAGAUCUCGACGACGACGGUAACACCGAACACGAGGAACUGUACCGGGGCCAGCAUCCGGCCGGGACGCAAGACGACGGCGGAAACGACUCACGAUCCGACCGCCCCUCGAUCGACGCAACGGAAGACGGCGCCACGUUCAACGACGCCGCAUCUCUCUUUUCCAUCGACGACGCCUCCGUCGCAGGGGGCCGACCGCCCUCGCUGUGGUCCUUGGAGACCAGCGACUACGAGAACGGGUUCCAACAGCGACACGGCCGGACAUACCACCCGAUAGGUGCGUUCUGCGGGAUCUACAUGGGCGGUGGAAUGAGGUGGAAGAGGUGGCCGCUUGCUGACCUGCCCGGGACAGAGGAGUACAUCCUGCCAAACGACACAACCGAGCAGUUCCGCCUUGACAUCCAACACCUUCUCUGGCUGGCCACUUGGGACGGACGGCUGUGCAUGUGUCCCAAGAACGAGAGCGCCUCGCGGGUUCUUGAUGUCGGGACCGGGACUGGCGUAUGGGCCAUGGCAUAUGCUGAUGAACAUCCCGAAGCAAUCGUACGAAACCGACCUAACCUCUCCUUGUUUUGUGAUGGCGGUGCGUGGCUAACAUACAUUUGCGUGCAGGUCACCGGCGUCGACAUCAGCCCGAUUCAACCCCAAGCCGUUGCGCCCAACUGCUUCUUCGAGAUCUACAACGUCGAGGGCAACUGGCCGUGGAGGACCCCCCACGACUUCAUCUUCAUCCGGCACAUGAACACGGCCUUUGCCGACUGGAGCGAGACCAUCGAAAAGGCCUUUAGGAGCCUCGAGCCCGGCGGCUACAUCGAGCUGCAGGACAACACGUUCCCCAUCAUGAGCCACGAGGGCACCCUGCCGCCCAACAGCGCCAUCGCCAAGUGGUCGUCCAUGCUGAUGGAGAGCACGCGCAUCCUGGGCCGGCCGUGCGACGAGCCCUCGCGGUUCCGACGACUGCUCGAGGACGCCGGCUUCGAGGCCGUCGUCGAGAUCAAGAGGGUGUGGCCCAUCGGGCCCUGGGCGGCCGGGCGGCGCCACGUCAUGACGGGCGCGCUGUGCCAGGACACCUCCAUCGCGGGGCUCGAGCCGUCGACGCUGCGGCUGUUCACCACCGUCUUUGGCUGGACCGUCGAGGAGACCAAGGACUUUUGCCGCGAGGUCGAGGCCGAGAUCCGGGGCCAGCGGCUGCAUGCCUACUUUAAUGUGUGA